UUUGCAUUUUCGGCUGUUGCAUCCUUCCUGACUUGGUUCUUGAACUUGCACUUUUGUUUUGCUCCAAAUGGCUCCUGCUCUCCCGUCCAUCUUUGUGCCUCCACCUUUGAAUUGUUUCCCAUGUGGAAGGAAGAUCCUGCGGUCCAUGUAUGAAAAGGCUUCCUGGAAAACGCAAAACAACAACAAACACCCCAUGUGUCCCAACUCACACGAUCCUACCCACCAGAGAGAGGAGCACAUCCUGGCAGAUCCCGACAUUCUGCGGGUGGACGCCACGUCUGGCACAGUCAUUGAGCUCACUUGCUGUCCAGAGGAAGCCAUGCAGGAUGAAGACGGAUACAUGACCUUAAAUAUUAAAACUCAAAAACCAGCAGUGACCUCAGAUGACCCGACAGCCUCUUCUUGGUGGCGUGUGAUGGCGUUGACUUUGCUGAUCUUGUGCAUGGGGAUGGUUGUUGGGCUGGUGGCUCUGGGGAUUAUGUCUGUCACACAGCAAAAUUACCUGCAAGCUGAGAAGGAAAAGCUCUCAGGAACUCUGCAACGAUUGGCGAGACACUUCUGCCAAGAUUUACUCAAACAGGCAGAAAAAAAGGGAAGUGUCAACCACAAAUGCAAUCCCUGUGAUCCAAACUGGAGGUAUUAUGGAGAUGGUUGCUAUGGAUUCUUCAAGCACAACUUGACGUGGCAAGAGGGUAAGCAGUAUUGCUCCGACGUGAAUGCUACUCUUCUGAAGAUUACCAGCCGGAACAUUCUGGAGUAUCUCAAAGGCAGGACUGGUUUAAUUCGUUGGGUUGGAUUAUCUCGCCAGAACUCCAGUGAAGACUGGAUGUGGGAAGAUGGUUCAGUUCUCUCCAAAACUGUAUUUGAGCUUUCUGGAGAGGCAAGAGAAAAUAUGAAUUGUGCCUAUUUUCAUGAUGGGAAAAUCUACCCCACCUUGUGUAAGAAAAAACAUUAUUUAAUGUGCGAGAGGAAAGCUGGCAUGGUGAAGCUGGACCAACUACUUUAGUGCAAAGAGACAGACAUGAUAGCACAGCCAAGUGCUUGAUUGUACAAUAAAGUGUUUGGAUGAGGGAAUAUCUAGUUAUAAAACUUCUUCUUUCUGCCUUUCUUCCUCUUGGAAUAAUUUUUUGUGUUAUAUUUGCUACCCAUACCACUGACCUAGAGUCUUUGCACAUCCAGAAGCCAGCAUGUGGGUUGAUCAUUUGCUUCCCAAGGGAUGUAUUUCCCAUCAAUUUCCUUUCUUCUCAUUUUCCAUUCCUGAUUAUCUUAACACAGAAUUAUUCACUGCAUUGCCAGAUACAUGGUUAUAAAAGUAAUAUCAAGAUGAGAAAAUUAGGGCUUUAUUGACUUAAGCUAUGCAAAAUAUUUAAGUAUAAAAGACUGUAUAAGUAGAAAGAAUAUUAAAUUUGGAAUCAGUAGAAUAAUUUAGAUGGUGCUGUCACUUGACUAAAGUAUAUCCAUGAACCAGUCUUAUAGCUUCCUUAACUUCCACUUUCUCUUAUUUAUAAUAGGAUGACAAUGGUCAUCCUACCUGUCUCACAGUUGUAUCGCCUAAAUAAAAACUUGGGAGUGCAAACUAAACCAGCAGCUUUGUGAAAACAGACACCACAAUUUCCGCAUUAACCACUCCAAGACUGGCAGCAAGCAGGCUCAGAGGAAGCAGAAAAAUACUUGCUCUUCAUUGUAUGUGACAGUUCCUCAGAAAAUAUCAGAAUCAGUACAACAGCAGACAAAUAAAAUGACCACAUCUACCUGAGUCAGACUUGACAGGCCGUA